AUGUCCCCUUUGAUUUUUGUGAUUUAUAUGGAGUAUCUUUCUAGAUUACUAAAGGUUGCUGGGGAUCAUGAGAAAUUCAAAUUUCACCCAAGAUGCAAUAGACUCAAACUAAAACAUUUGUGCUUUGCGGAUGAUUUAAUGAUAUUUUGUCGGAGAGACUUGGCAUCUGUUAGAAUUCUAUUAGAUAAAUUAGAGGUUUUUGCGAACUCCUCUGGUUUGGUAGCCAACUCCUCAAAAUCUGACAUGUAUCUUGCAGGUAUCCCUACUUCAUUGAAACAAUGUAUAGUGGAAUCUUGUAAUAUUCCUUUGGGUUCUAUGCCUUUUCGUUAUCUGGGGGUUCCGUUCUCUUCCAAACGUAUCCCUGCAGUGAAUGCAAUUUGUAGAGCAUAUCUAUGGCAUGGGAAAACUGAUUCUGAUACCCCUAGAAAUAUGAAUUGA